AUGGCACCUCUUCCCAUUUAUCCAUUUGCUAUCUUCUGGUCUCGUCCUGAGCUGGCCCCUGAAAAUUCUCCAUCGACGAUAUCGGCCAGUCGUCCGUCGCUAGCAAACAUGUUGCCACCAUGGAAGUCCUCGUGGACAAGUGCGCGGGGCUCCGCAUCAACAUCUUGUAGCAUUUUGUCUUCUUUCCACACUGCAUCUCGCUCCCGGUUUAGGAACUUUGAUAAUAUUCGAAAACGUAUAAUAUCCGUUAUUCCGAAUGUUCGGUUGACGGUUCGGAUUCGGAUUCGGAUAUUUGACAAAUCUUGUUUCUUCAAAGGCUGGAAACCACAUUGGCGAAUGCUCCACACGAUCGAUUGCCCUUCUGAUCUUCGCUAA